AUGCAGAUGGUGAAGAUAAAGCAUUUGAUGAAUGGUUGCCUAGUGUGGUUACGGAAAGAGAAGGAUGUAGUUUUGGAGAUGACUGGAGAAGUAAACAAGGUAUUUGGUGAGUCAAACGCGGAUAAUGUGGCAAGGGAAGACGAAAUAGAAAACUAUUUGUAUAAAGGAGAGACGGAGAAGGGAAUUCUCGGAGCAACGAUUGAAUUGAUGUGUACUGUUGCUAUAACGGUGGAUGUUCCAAAAGCUGAACUGGUUUCUAUGAUUGACCGCAUCAUCAAGCUCAUGGACACUGUAAGAUAUAAUAUUGAAGCGCUGCCUAUUAUGAAGUUGUAUAUGUUGGAAAUAAAGCAGGCUAUCAAUUAUAAUGACGAUGUUAUUGAUACCGCCUGUUUGAUGAGGGCGUUAAACGAUUUGGAAAAGUUUCUAGUACAAUAUACAAAGCCGAAAAUGAAAACGCUUUUAAGAUUUUUCAAUAUGGAUCAAAUAGACAAAAAGAUACAGACACUAUUCAACAAUCUAGACAGUUCUCUCAAUACUGCUAAUGUAAGAUUAAAUUUUGAAAAUAUUCGCAGAUUGAGGCAGCAAACGGGAUAUGCGCAAGACUCGCUAGAAGACGCAGAAGAUAUGGAUAGCGAUCUCAGUUCUAUCAAAUACGCUAUUACAAAGAAAAUUCAAAACUCGUUUAUUACGACAGCAUGUUUUCAUGGUGUUCCGAUGGUAAAAGAAAAAAUAGAACGCCUAAAGGUUCGACCUGAAUGGAUCAGCCGGGCUCCUGAUGCUCCAGAUGAUACUACUGGCAAUUCUACGAAAGUUAUGUUUCGUGGCAGCGUUCCUGCGGCAAAGGUCAAAAUUGCGAACGAUCACGAAGACAUCGAUAUGCAUUGGCGGCAGGCCUACAUUAGCUCCAAAUUGAAGACUGAUUUGUUUAUGUCGAUAUACGGUAUUUUACAAGAAGACAAAGCUUAUUACAUGAUCACAGAAUGGACAGACAACAGAACACUUGAUAAAUACCUUGCCGAAAACAAAUCCGUCAGCUGGGACCGAAAGAUAAAAAUGGCAAUUCGUUUGGCGAAAGCAGUUUAUAUUCACAGUGUGAUCGUAGAUACGUAUGGAAAUGUAAAGUUGGGAAACUUUUGGCGUUGCAGAGGAAUUGACGAUGUUACAACUUCUAUUUCCGAAGUGUCCGAACGCAUCAGAUGGUUAUGCCCGGAGAAAGUAAUCGAUGGCAGUCUUCCGUACUCGAUGGAAGCCGAUGUAUAUAGUUUUGGUAUGCUCAUGUGGGAAAUCUCGUCACAUCAAUUUCCCUUCGCGGACAAAAGCAUCGGUAGCGUAAUUGAUUUACUGCGGAAUUCGAAAGGACUCGAUAAUGACUCUGCUCCGCGGCCGGCACUGGUUCCUGGCGCACCGAAAACAUACAAUAACAUAUUGCAGAAAUGCUGGAGCCAAGAUCCCAGCACUCGUCCGAAUAUGCACGACGUUGUGAAAGAACUCGAACACCUCUAUGAAGAUUAUAUCCGAAACGCUGAAACGUACGAGCCCGCCUCUGACGCUACAGACAGUAAACCCCGUACUCUUAAAAUCUCGGAUGUCACGAUCAGAUCGGCCCACAGCCUUCACUCUCAACGACGUUAUAAGGAAGCCUUUGAGCAGUUCAAAAUACUUGCUGACCGUGACGUGCCCGAUGCUGAAGCAAACUUUUAUGUUGGCCGAUAUCUGAUCGACAAGAGAAUUGUAUUUGAUCACGACAAAGAUCCCAACGUAGGAAUAAGCUACCUCGAGGUAGCAAUCCAAUUAGGAUUUUAUGACGCCAUUCAGUACCUUGCUCAAGAGAAGAUGGCUGCGGCUGUGGCACUGCGAAGAAAGUUCCAAGACGCUGGACAAGAUGAAGAUGCAGAUUUAAUUCGGCAAAGGAUGGGGACAGAAUGUUUGCCAUUAUUUCUAGAAGGUGCGGAGCAUGGUAACCUGCGUUGCAUGAAAGAUCUAGCUGAUUAUGGAAAGAAGUUGGGAGAUGAGCAGAGUUACCAUCAAGGUCUUACAAUGCUGAAGAGAGUGGUUGAAACGUCAGCAGAUCCUGAUGAUAGGAGUAUAGCGAAAGAGUAUUUGGAAAAACUGAGAAAAGAGAAUUAUUCAUCAUUGAAAAAUAGAUGA